AUGAAUAGCUUGUUAUUGAUCUUCAUUUCAGCCGUUGCAGCUGCUAGUAGCGACACAAUUUCCAUUUCGUAUGAUACCAGUCAAUGGUUAACAUCUGUACUGGGAAGCGCCGUGCAAGCCAGUGAGUCGCCAAUUGGAUCCGAAGGCUCAUCAGCAAUUGAUGCCAUUAUCAGGUCCCUAUCUGCGCUUUCAGAAACUGGGGACUCUUCCACAAGUGAUGUUGUCUCUGAAACUAAUGAUGCAUCUGAAACUAGUUCAUCUGAGACAGUUGCAAGUGAAACAAACUCAUCCGAAACAAGUGAGUCAAACUCAACCAAAUCAAUAAAUGAAUCAAACUCGGCCGGAUCAGCUAAAUCGAGCAUAGCUGAAAGAAGCGAAUCCACCACCGCAUCCUCCUCUGGCGAGUCAUCCGAGACUAGUUCAUCGACAACUAUCUCCAAUGUUGGUGCUACUUUAGGUUGUGGAUCAGUGAUUUCCCUCUUAGUUUUAGCAUUAAUAUAA